AAUGUGAUCAGGGAAAUUUUUGACCGAUCGAUUUCGGUCAUCGGUUCAAUUUGUCGCGAAAAAUCGUUGCACAUUUUCAAGAACUUGCAGUCGAAAAUGUAUCUUUUCGUUCGAAAUUUCGAUUAGAAUGAUCGUGAGUCGAAUGGUGAUCAGAUUAUAGUGGAGUGAAAAGUUGCAUGUGCCGAUAAUAAGACGAUGACUUAUCGAACCGUGAUUCUUGGACUCAUCUUUUUUUCUGCCGCAGCAGGGGUUCUCGGAGGCUGUCCAUCGGUGGAACCGCCGCAAUGGGGUUCCGUGAAGGAGCGUGUCCUUGGUUCGGGAUCCCUGCAGACGAUCUAUUCCUGCGAGCCAGGUCACAAACUUGUAGGACACAGGGUCCUUACAUGCGUCGACGACGGGUGGGAUUACCAAGUACCAAAAUGCAUCCUUAUCGAUGAGGAUAAGUCCGAGUCCAAAGUUGGAAAAGACGUUUACCUCGGAGAUGAUCCGUCGACGCUCGAUUCCUUGAGCCUGAAACGGCAGCUGGCGCGACGGAGAAUUAGCGAGAUAAAGAGGCGGAAGAUGCGGAAGAAGCCGGCCGAAAAUUCGCAAUCCGAAGCCCCGGUUGCGAGCCGUCGCGCUGAGUUGAACGAGACUUUAUCCUCCAGGCUGGAUUUGAGCUGUUCAACGAAAGGCAGGAAACGGGGUCGUCUGCAGAAGGCUCCGCGGGUGGAAAACGCCUAUCCGGCGAAAUACGCGAGGAAGAAGAACAUCCGUCCUCCGCACAACGUCUAUCUCAUUGCUGUUUACGACUGUGAGGAAGGAUUCGAGCUCAGGAAUCACGAGGCUGAUCGUCUAUUUUGCAGCGAUAAAGAAUGGGUCGGGACUCUGCCGGAAUGCGUCAAAAAGCCCGAAUCCUUACCGAUGAGCUUGAGGCGCUGCAACGACGACAGAGGCGGUUGCGAUCACAUAUGCGAGGAUACGCCGACUGGACCGAAAUGCUCCUGCUUCGAAGGGUUUCGAUCAGAGGGUCCCAGCUGCGUCGACAUCGACGAGUGUGCCGAUGGGACAGCAGGAUGUGCAGACCUGUGUCACAAUGAUCCUGGCUCAUUCCGGUGCGACUGCCAUCCGGGAUACCAGCUGGAUGUAGAUGCUCGUUCUUGUCAAGACGUGAACGAGUGCCUGUUGAACAAUGGCCACGGACCCUGCCAGGGAAGCUGCCGCAACUAUAAUGGCAGCUAUGAAUGUGCCUGCACGGAUCUUCCAGGUUAUAAGCUUGCCACGGACAAUCACACUUGCGAAGAUAUCGAUGAGUGCGCGGAAGGAAACGCGGGAUGCUCACAUACUUGUCUGAACACCCCAGGAAGUGUUUUCUGUCUUUGUCCCGACGGUUACAUCCUUGCGGAAGAUUGGAAGACGUGCAACGAUAUAAACGAGUGCGAGAGCGAGAAACUCGUAUGCGGGAGGGAGAAGGAUUGUCAAAACACGCUGGGAUCUUACAAGUGCACAGUGAAGCCGAAUAAGAUAACGAAACUGCUUCAGGAUGAGGACUACGAUGCCGAAGAUGACGACGAAGAUCAGUACGAUGACUACGAAGAGGGAAUCACGGAUAUACCGGAUAUCGGGGAGUGUUCUGACGGGUUCAGGAGGAACGACGAAGACGAAUGCAUCGACAUCGACGAGUGCCUGGAGGGUGACGAGGGUGAGCCUCACGGCUGCGAACACGAGUGCAUCAACGAGCUUGGAAGUUACACUUGCGGCUGUCGACCCGGCUACGAGAUUGAAAAUGACGGACAGAGCUGCAAGGAUGUGGAUGAGUGCACCGCUGGAGUUUCUCCGUGUUCACAUACCUGUACAAAUGCCGAAGGGUCCUACCAGUGCGCUUGUCCAUCUGGAUUCAAUUUGGGUGUGGACAACAGGACCUGCGAGGAAGAGAAAAAGGAGAUCGAACCCAAGAAGGACUGCGAUAAUAUGGAGCAGAAGUGUGCCCAAAAUUGCGAGAACACGGAAGACGGUCCCAAGUGCCAAUGUAAAUCAGGCUAUACACUCGAUGAAAAUGGUCACACGUGUACCGAUGUGGACGAGUGUUUAACAAACGUUCACCAGUGCUCUCACCAUUGCAUGAACGAGGAAGGUAGCUAUCGAUGCAAUUGUUCGCUGGGUUUUUCCUUGGGCGAAGAUGGAAGAACUUGUCAGGAUGUUGACGAGUGCUCAAUGAAAGUUCACGAGUGUUCGCACAAUUGCAGUAACAGUGACGGUGGCUACACGUGCAGCUGUCCUUUAGGUCUUAUGAUAGGUUCGGAUGGAAGAACCUGCGAAGAUAUAGACGAGUGUGCCGAGGGUGGGCAUAACUGUUCACAUGAAUGCGUCAACGAAUAUGGUUUCUUCAGAUGUGCGUGUCCGACGGGAUGGUCACUGGGCACGGAUGGGAUGACAUGUGAGAAGAACAGCAGUUGCGACGGUUUGAAUUGCCCACAAAAAUGCGUGAUGGAAGAAGGAGCGGAGACGUGCUCCUGCUCCGUGGGUUUUACCGUGGCGAAAGAUGGAAGGACGUGCGAGGACCUCGACGAGUGCGCAGCUGACGAGCACGACUGUUCUCACGAUUGCGAAAAUACACAAGGAAGUUACAAAUGUAUUUGUCCGGAUGGACUUAAGCUUCUUGGGGAUGGAUUGACUUGUGGGGACGAUGCGUGCCCGGAAGGUUUGCGUCAAGACGAGAACGGUGAGUGUCAGGACAUCGAUGAAUGCGCGGAAGAGGACCACGACUGUUCUCACGAAUGCGUUAACGAACAAGGAACAUACCGGUGUGUCUGUCCAAAAGGAUGGACUGUUGGAGAGGAUGGAGUUACGUGCGAGAACUCAGAUCCAUGCAUUGGUGCGCCCUGCUCCCAUGAAUGUGUUCAGGAUGGUAACAGUUAUCGUUGCAAAUGUCAGUCAGGAUACAGACUCAAGGAUGAAGGAGCAGAAUGCGAGGACAUCGACGAGUGCGCGACGGAUGCUUUGAUACACGGCUGUUCGCAUGGUUGUGUUAACACACCAGGAGGUUACACCUGCACUUGUCCUUCGGGAUUCUAUUCUCUCGACAACGAAAAGUCAUGUCAGGAUAUAAACGAGUGCGAGGACCAGGAUUUCAGGCAUAAGUGUUCGCACGGUUGUGUAAACACUGUUGGAAGCUACAAUUGCACUUGUCCAACCGGAUGGAAACUAAGUGUCGAUAACAAAUCUUGCGAAGUUCAUAACCCGUGUAUUAAUGGUUCGCACGGAUGUUCUCAUGCCUGUGAACACGAGGAUGGAGAGGUUCGCUGCGGGUGUCCGGAAGGCUUCGAACUCGGUACGGACAAUAAGACUUGUCAAGACUUUGACGAAUGCACCGAUCAAACCGUUCAACAGUGUUCGCACACCUGCGUCAACGAAGUAGGGAGUUUUCACUGUGAGUGCGGCUCUGGCUUCACCUUGGGAAAGGAUAAUCGAACCUGUGAGGAUAUCGACGAAUGUUUAGGUGACCACGGAUGCUCUCACACUUGCGUGAACGAGGUUGGAGCCUACGGUUGUGACUGUCCCGACGAGUACGACCUUGGAGAGGACGACAGAACUUGCGAACCCCUGAAUGGUUGCAGUUUAGGACACGACUGUUCACACACGUGCGUCAACGACGCGGACAAUGAUUAUAGAUGCGAGUGCCCUCAGGGCUACGAGCUUGGAGACGAUGAAAGAACUUGUCGAGAUAUUAACGAGUGCCAAAUUGGAAACACGUGUAGUGAUAGCUGCAUUAAUACUGAGGGGUCAUACGAGUGUUCAUGUCCAGAGGGAUUGCGCCUGUCAAAUGAUUCCAUGACGUGUGUUGAUCAUGACGAGUGCACCGAGGAUCACGGAUGUGCAGAUAUCUGCGUGAACGAGCAUGGCAGUUUUCACUGCGCUUGUUCGACGGGAUAUUCGCUUGGUGAAGAUGGUAAGACGUGCCAAAUAAUUGACAAGUGUUCCUCGCUUGGUAAGGCCUGUUCUCAUAAUUGUGAGAGUGAUAAUGACGGCUACAAGUGCGUCUGUCCGUCGGGUUACUCCCUUUCCGAAAACGGGACCACGUGCGAGGAUAUAAACGAAUGUGCUGAGGAAGAGAACGAGUGCUCGAACGAGUGCGUGAACCUCGAGGGCAGUUACAAGUGUUCCUGUCCUAGUGGCUACGCGCUGGGAACGGAUCUGCAUACGUGCGAAGACAUUGACGAGUGCCUGAAGAAAAUACACGGAUGCUCGCACGAGUGCGAAAACUAUGACGGUGGGUAUUCCUGUUACUGCCCGGAGAGCUUAACCAUCAGCAAUGACAACAAGACGUGCAUAGACUUCAACGAGUGCCUGGUUGAGCACAAUUGCAGUCACAUAUGUAUCAAUGUUUUCUCGGGUUAUAAUUGCGCAUGCCCCGAAGGACAUGAACUUCACGAGGAUGGACGUACCUGUCGCGAGAUUGACUUUUGUGGAUCAAAUCACGGAUGUUCGCAUACGUGCGAAAGCUCCGAUGGCGGGUUCAGGUGUGAGUGUCCAAUCGGAUUCAUACUUGGAACGGAUAAUAAAACAUGCGAGGACAUCGACGAAUGCAUGCAGGAAAACAACGUCGAAGAUCUUUGUUCUCACGAAUGUUUCAACACUCCUGGAAGCUACAGGUGUGAAUGUCCUGUGGGAUACAAGACUGGCAAGGACGGUAGAACAUGUGAGGAUAUCAACGAAUGCGUAAAGAACAACGGAGGGUGCUCGCAUCUUUGCGCGAAUACCGACGGCGGAAUGGAGUGUGCCUGUCCAGAGAACUACAGUCUGUUAGAGGAUGACGGUAAGACGUGCAUAGAAAUCGACAAGUGUUUUAUCGAUAACGGCGGGUGCUCACACUUUUGCGACUACGACAAUGGUACUGUUACUUGCUCGUGUCCGGAAGGCAUGACUUUACUGAGCUCGGAUGAUACCAACUGCCUUGAAAAUGACGAAUGCCUUGUGAAUAACGGUGGCUGUUCGGAUAUCUGUAGCUUUGUCGAUGAUGUCGUGACUUGCUCUUGUUUCAAUGGUUACAAAUUAUCAGAAAAUGACUUUGUGACCUGCGUUGAUAUUGACGAGUGUCACGAUAACCUUGAUAAUUGUACACACCUUUGUGUAAACUCCGACGGAGGCUUCGAGUGUAGGUGUAAUCGAGGUUUCACUAUCAAUGACGAUGAUUCGAGGCUGUGUGAUGAUACUGAUGAAUGCGCGGUGGAGAAUGGCGGGUGUUCUCAGAGCUGCGUGAACACCAUAGGCUCUUAUCAUUGCACUUGCAGAUCCGGGUACAGGCUUAACGCUGACGAUCGUACUUGUUCCGUUGCGAAUGGGUGCGGUGAAAAUAAUGGAAACUGUUCGCAACACUGUCACAACAAAGAUGGCAUUGCUGAAUGCUCCUGUUCUCCGGGGUUUAAGCUAGGUAAGGAUCGAAAGACCUGCCACGACAUCGAUGAGUGCGCAGAAUUCGAGAACGACGUUGAAUUAGGCUGCUCGCACAGAUGCAUCAACCUCCCCGGAAGCUAUCACUGCCAAUGUCCGACGGGGUAUAUCCUGCUUCCGGAGGAUAAGAAGACUUGCGUUGAUGUAGACGAGUGUCUUCGGCAAACACACAACUGUUCUCAUAACUGUUUGAACCUGCUGGGAAGUUAUAUUUGCAGUUGCUACGAGGGUCACUACUUGCACACCGAUAAUGCAACCUGUCUGGAUAUCGAUGAGUGCAACGAACGGAAUGGCGGAUGCUCAUACGGAUGCGUCAACACAGCUGGUGGAUAUCAUUGCUCCUGUCCCGAAGGGUACGAUCUCAUGAAUGACGAAAGGACUUGCAAAGACAUCGAUGAGUGCAAAAGUGGAAUAGCUCAUUGUUCACACGAGUGCCUGAACACCGCGGGAUCAUGGAAAUGCGUUUGUCCAGACGGCCACAAGCUAUCAGAUUCCGGAUUGUGCGUCGACGUAGACGAAUGCGAGAUCGGAAACGGCGGAUGUUCACACGCGUGUUUCAACAUUCCUGGUGGAGUAAGGUGCAGCUGUCCAAUUGGCCUGGAACUUUCUCUCGACGGAAGAACUUGUUCCGACGUUAACGAGUGUUUGACAAAUAAUGGCGGGUGUUCGGAGGUCUGCAUAAAUCUGGAGGGCACGUUCAAGUGCAGCUGUCGGAAGGGUUACCGCUUGUCUCAGGACUACAGGAACUGUGUCGACAUUGACGAGUGUGCUACCAAGAACGGCGGGUGUUCGGAUAUUUGCACAAACAAGAAUGGAAGUUUUCACUGUACGUGCCCGUUCGGCUACUACUUGACUGCCGACUUGAGAACCUGCAACGAUAUCGAUGAGUGUCAACUCGACAACGGCGGAUGCUCUCAUCACUGCUUCAAUACGCCAGGUUCAUACUUCUGCGAUUGUCCCUCGGGGCUUGAUUUGCGAGGCAAAGUUUGCCACUUCCCGAAUGCCUGCGACCUUAACAACGGUGGCUGUGAACAGCUGUGCAGGAGUGACAAUGGGAGAGCGAUCUGUUACUGUAAGGAAAGUUACCGAGUUCACAGUACCAACUUCUCGGCUUGUGUUGACGUCGACGAGUGCGCCAGCGGUGCACACAGCUGUGAUCAACUGUGCAUCAAUACUCCUGGUUCGUUCGAGUGUCGAUGCAGGGAUGGAUUCAUCAGAAAGAACGAUUCUUGCGUUGAUGUCGACGAAUGCCUGACUGAAGUUUGUCAAAAGAGUCGUUGCGUCAAUACUAUGGGAAGCUUUCGCUGCGAAUGCGCUUCGGGUUUCGAAUAUCGAGAGGGUAUUUGCGUAGAUAUAGACGAGUGCGCGAUAGGAACACCUUGUAGAGAUCGUUGCAUAAAUACCGAAGGAUCCUACAGAUGUGCUUGCGCUGUCGGUUUCCAGUCCGAAGGAGAUACGUGCAUCGACAUAAACGAGUGCGAGUGGAACAACGGAGGCUGCGCUCAUGACUGCGUGAACACAAUAGGCUCGUACAAAUGUACUUGCAGAGCUGGUUUCACCGUGAAUCCAAGGAAUAAUUUCCGGUGCCAAGACGUCAACGAGUGUUUGAACCGCAACACUGGCUGUAAUGGAGACUGCGUGAAUACCGCCGGAAGUUUCUAUUGCGCCUGCAGCGACGACGAGGUCCUGGCUUCCGACCAGCGAACUUGUGUGCCACGAGAAUCGCGCUGCCGAGCCAUGGAAAUACCUCGUUACGCCGACAUCAGAUGUCCUGGACAUCCUUCCAGGGCUUUGGACUAUCCGCAAGGUGCCAGGUGCCACGUGAGAUGCAGAAGAGGGUUCAGACUGGAGGGUCCGCACGUGCGGCACUGCACGCCAGGGGGCAAAUGGAACGGCAAAGAACCAUCCUGUCAGACAAUGCCGAGGCCAUUUAUCAGGUGUCCGAACGACAUCGACGUCGAACUACCAGCCAGGCGAAGCACGGCCAGAGUCUCAUUCGCACAGCCAAAGUCUAAUAUGGACUGGUGGACGUACGUCAAUGCUUCCCCCUCAUGGGGCAAGGAGCUGCACGCUGACUUGGGACCCGGCACAAACAUCGUUACCUUCACCGCGUGGUCUCCGGUUUCGAAUUACACAAGCUCGUGUCGAAUCGUCAUCCGCGUUCGAGACACGGAAAGUCCGAAGAUUAUCGGCUGCCCGAGGUCCUUCGAAGUCCGGCUGAAUCCUGGCGAGAGAUCACGGAGUAUCUUUUGGUCGGAGCCAGUCAUAACUGACAACGUCAAAGUUGAACAGACGUACAAAUCAAGGGGACCUGGACAGCAUCUGUACGCAGGAAGCCACAAUGUUCGAUACGUCGCGUCGGAUGCUGCUGGGAACAGAGCCGAGUGUUAUUUCGUGAUCCACGUACGAGAGUCUGAAAGCCGGAGAGAACAGCCGCAAAGGACUACUUUGACAAAGAUGCUGAUGUGCCCGGGUAAACCUCCUCAAGUACUCCCGACCACCUCUUAUACGUGGCAGGUUCCACCGGGGUGCUAUAUGAGGUACACAAAGACAUUCUCCGGCACAUACACCUUCCAGCACUACCACACUCUUCAGGACAGCUACCAGGAGUCAAGGGCUGCUUAUCACGAGGUGCACCCGGUACAAACCGUUCGGCGAACGCAGAUACCGUACCAGUUGGUGGACUAUCGCACAUCUCGUCAGCAGCAGUACGAAAUCGAGCUCCAACGACACCGGCAGCUACAAUUGCAGAGGCAGCAACGGCUUCAGCAACAGCCGUACUAUCAUCGAGCAAGUCCUGGACUUCCAGUAAGGCACAGAUACACGGGUCGAGGUCACGUUGAAACCAGGAUAAUACCAAGGCGCAAGUGUUGUUCGUAAUUGGAGGAUCAAGCCGAUACAUGAUGCGUGUGUACACACACGACCAAGAAGAAUGGCGACUUUCCUAUUCGUCGAUGCAAUAUGCAAAUGUCGAGAAGUUUAUCGUGUGUCCUGUUCUUGGUGCAUCGAGUCAUGAAUACGGUAACUCGAGUAUUCGAUCUGCCAACUUGUUUUGCCCAUUUUUUUUACUCACGUAAGCACAGCAGCGAAAA